AUGAAGCAGCUACGGAGUACACCGAACAACAACAACAACUUUAUUUUCGACCUUGGAGAGUGGGGAGUUUCAUCGCCACAGGCGAUACUCUACCCCAUUGGCAAGAAGCCUGAUUCAGUACGUAAAGCCUUACUUCUACAUGUACUUGGACCAGCGGGUCGAAGUUACGUGGACGCAUUUCCGACCCAGCCAGCAACAGCAAAGGACUCCGUCAAGUACAUCUUUGACAACUUUGACACGAAGUACAAGCCUUACCGGAACGUUACGCAGUCUACUGCAAUUUUCAACACAAUGGUGCAAAAGCCAGGUCAAUCAAUAGACGACUUCGCGACUGAGCUCCUUCAUCAAGCAGAGCGAUGUGAUUUCGGCGACAAGAAAGAUCGGCUUGUAGGAGAUAGGAUCAUCGUGGGACUACGCGAUCCCGCCCUGAAGGAACGUUUGUUCCGAGAGUCAACUACGUCCUUAGACAAAAUCAUCGCUACGUGCAAAGCAGCAGAAAUCUCCAAACAGCAAGUAUCUUCACUCAUCGACCGCUCCUUGGAAACAACCGUGGAUGCACUUCGAUUGCGGCACCAUCAACGGCCACGAGGACGUCGUAGCAAACCUCAAAAGAGACAACCGACCAGCGUUCCUUCCCAGCCACGACGACAAGCUUGUUCCAGGUGUGGAACAUAUCACGCAACCCGUAACUGCCCAGCAUAUGGCAGUACUAGUCACUUCUGCGGGACGUUUGGUCAUUAUGCCAGCGUGUGCCACCAGCGAAAGAGGGGGAGCAACUCGGAUAAUGAUGGCAAAAUACGAACACUCGAGACAAGCAACUACGAUGGUCUGCUGGAUUUAAGUACAUUAACUGUUGAUAGUGUGGACAUCAGUUCCAAUUGGCAUGAAACAGUUUUGGUCUGCGGACAUCCCGUGACCCUCAAGCUCGAUACCGGAUCAGACGUCAACAUCCUCCCCAAGUCACUGAUUCAUCAAUGGAUUCAUCAGCUCCAACUUAAGCCAACAUCUCUAUCAGUUUCCACAUACACAGGAGAGAAUCUCCGUGUUGAGAACGAAUGUUUUCUCACUUGCUCUGUGAACGGAUGCGCCAGAGACAUCAAAUUCCUCAUCGUCGACAUCAGCGCAAAGCCGAUCUUGGGUGCAACUGCAUGCGCUCAACUUAACCUAGUUUGCCGUGUCAUGCAGCUGGACAAUGAUGGAGCCUUGUCCUCAGCAUCGAGGGAAUACUCUUCCUACGAAGACGUCCUGCUGGAUUUUCCCGACGUAUUUGAAGGAGCUGGCAGAUUGCCAGGUGUCAAUAAGAUAACCCUUCGGUCAGAUGCCAAGCCUAGCAUUGUCGCUCCUCGCAAGGUACCAGCUGCGAUUGAUUCAAAAGUGAAGGAAGAGCUCGCUCGGAUGGAAGCAAACGGUAUUAUCACCAAGGUCACUGAACCUACAGAUUGGGUGCAUCCCAUAGUGAUUGUGACCAAGAAGAAUGGAUCACUGCGCAUUUGCCUGGAUCCACGACGGCUUAACGAAGCCAUAAACAGGGAACAUUAUCACAUUCCAACACAGGAUGAACUGUUUUCACGUCUGAGCGGAAGCAAGAUAUUUACAGUCUUCGACGCAAAGUCAGCAUUUUGGCAGCUUCAGCUUGAUGAGCCCACCUCUUUUCUAUGUACGUUCGCGACUCCAUUGGGCCGAUACCGUUUUCUACGGUUGCCCUUUGGUUUAAGUAUCGCCCCUGAACUCUUUCAAAGGUCAAUGGAUAUGAUCUUUGCGGACUACGACAAAAUCUGGCCGUAUUUCGACGAUAUACUUGUAGCUUCUCGCUCGAAAAAGGAGCACAUCGCAAUGCUACGUACGGUGCUGACUAUCGCACGCAAGAACAACCUGAAGUUGAACCGCGACAAACUACAAGUGGGACUGUCAAGUAUCCCCUACUUGGGCCACAUGCUAACCACGAAAGGCAUUGCUUAG